AUGGGUGUUGAAAAAGCAAGGGGUCUUGUUUUUGGUGACUAUUCAUCAUCAUUUGACGAUCUUCGUUGGUAUGUUGAUGCCGCUAAUGCUUGCAAUCCGGGGAGUGUUUUUGAUAUGGAAUUUGAUAUUGAUAGUAAAGGAAGACAUUUCAAAUGCUUGUUUUUCACUUUUGAGGCAUGUAUUCAUGGUUUCAAGUAUUGUAGGCCUGUGUUGAUGCAUGAUGGAACUUUUUUGAAAGGAAGACACCAAGGUUGUUUAUUAGCUGCUACGGCGAAAGAUGGUAACCAAGUGAUAAAUUUAUCUAUGGCUGAUGCUAUAUGUUUGUAUCCGUUAUGUUUUGCGAUUAUUGAUGGUAAAAGUUAUGGCAGUUGGCAUUGGUUCUUGUCAAAGUUAUUAGGUAUUUUGACUCCGGAGAGGGAUAUUGCAAUUGUUACUGAUCGACAUAGAGGUUUGCUGAAAGCUUUAGCUGAGACAAACUUGAAGACUUAUUUGUCAGUGAAGAGUCGUGAAUCAAAAGAGUAUUUGCUUACUCUUUUUAGUAGAUGUGCAUAUGCUCCUACUAUUGAGUUGUUUAAUGAGCUAUUUGAAGAAUUUAAGGGUCGUUGUGGUCGUAGUGUUGAGAGGGAUGAACGCCAUUUGUUUUCAACUAGUCUUGUUAAUGCUAUACGGGUGAAAUUAAUGGAGCAAUUUUUAAGAAGGAGAGAAGUUGGGAAUAAGUGGAAUCGUAUUGUUUGUCCUUUUGUAGAGAAAAAGUUGGAAGAAGCUUUUAAUGAUACAAAAGCAUGGAUAGUUAAGAAAUGUAGCGAUGACAUUUAUGAAAUCCAAUUGGAUCAUUCAGUUAUGAGGAGUGGGAAGGAUCUGAAUUGCUUUCUUGAUGAUUACUACUGUGUUAGUAGUUAUUGUGAUUCUUAUUCACAUUCUAUCUAUCCAGUUCCUAGUAUGUGGAAGCCAAAUGUAGUUGUUGAUGAUGACGUUGUUUUACCUCCUCUUUGUAAGAGACCAGCUAGACGUCUAAGAACGAAGAGAAUACCUUCUAAGGGCGAAAUCAAGAGAAUUAGAUGCAAUAGGUGUGGAAAGAUGGGAACUCAUAAUCAGAAGACAUGUAAAUAA